UGGGGUGGGAGGAGGGGUUAGAAGACUUCAAGCUAAUUUGAAUUCCUAGCCCAGUCUCCUUUCCACUUCCCAUUCUCCUAAAGUGAGAUGUUUCCAAACCACGAUUUGAACUGCCCUCUGCUCUUGUGUUUUCCUGUCAUUAUAAUUAUCCUAGCUUGCUCUUCAACUCCAUUAUGCUGGUCUCUCCAGAAGGCUGCUUUAGUGCUGUGUGCAAAUGAAGUAAACAAGGUCCCACUGUCUCAGGUCAAAGGGAAACGGGGAGUAAAGGUUUAAGUUUGCACAUGAAAAUCGAAGUAGAAGAGUUGAACCUACCAUCUGUACAAUUCGGGCUGAAACCUUUGCUUUGCUUCAGUUAUUUGGUCCGAAAGAGGAUUUUUGUUUGUUUACCUAAACUACCCAGCUUGCAAGAUCUGCUUCACUUUGCGCUUGGUGGAAUAAUUUUGCUGUUUUACCUUCACUGUAUCCAUGGGAGAAAGAAAAAGAUGAAGGAACAGAUAUAAGACCAGCACGGGUCAGGGACUUGCAGAGGGAGAAGAGACACUUAGAACAGAAAAAAAAAAAAAAAAUGGUGGGAGAGAAGAUGGUGGGAAGAAAGUCCUUCAUGAGAGCAACCUCUACUCCAGCUUCCUUCUCCCUCUGUUAUCAUGGUCACUGCUGUUGGCCUAACCUGUCCCUAGGCUUCUGUAUAUCCUUCGGAGAUGAAAAAGGUAUCCCACCUCCCAGCAGAGGAAACAAACUCUGUGGGUGGGUCAUCAAGCCUGAAGUCCUGAACUGAACACGCUGCUCAUUUCUGCAGUUCUGCAGUCCUGUGUGCACAGCAGGAGGAAUGGCACCAGCUGUGGCCCAGCUUCUCUUCCUCCAGCUUGUGCUAGGGCCCACUCUGGUCAUGGCUGUCCAGCUGGAGAUUGCUGUCCAGAACUUCCGCACCUUAAACAUGGACUAUCCCAAGGCGAAAUUCCCAGAUGAUUUCAAGGGCUACUGUAAUGGUUUUAUGUCCUACGUGCGGGGCAGAAAGGAACAAUGGUAUUGCCCUGAGACACAUUACGUGUUGCACAGCCCCUGGAAAGCCAUCUGGAAGUCCUGCAAGAAUAGUGAGAGCUUCUGUGAGAACUACAAUGAAUACUGCACACUCACCACGAAGCCCUUCCCCAUCACAAUCUGCAGAGUGAACAAGAGACAGCCGCCCACCAGCUGCCGCUACUCAAGCACUGAAACCAACCGACAGCUCUACCUGCUCUGCUCCAGCAAGUAUGAAGGCCAACCGAUAGGUAUCCUUGGCCUCUACAAGAGAACUUAAAAUUGACAAUUUCUUCCCUUCCAAACCUACCUGGUGGGUAUCUCUAGCUAUAGGAACCUCCCUGAAACCUUUAGACCCACUUUAGCCUCAUUUCCCUACAAUCCUCCUCAGUCUCUGUUCUGCACCUCUCGGAAAUCCUUGAUAUUUCCCUUUAUAUAAUCUGCCCUUUCCUUUCUCCUCCUCAUGAGUCCAGAGCUAUCUCUCCCAGCACUCCCACUGCUGUCAACCUGCCUUUCUUCUCAUCUAGGGCCACUGGGAUUUCAAGUUAUCUUCUCUCAUCCAUUCCUUUAUUUUUAGUAGCUCCCAACAUUGUCCAAACUCCAGGGUCUGCUGCUAAUAAAGCAUGAGGUGGAUGAGGUGGGCCUGGUUCUGGCCAUGUAAAGUUUUAAAACCACAUUCUGAGUUAAGAUAGAACCAUUGGGGAAAACUGGGUGUAGGGUACAUAAGACCUCAUUAUACCAAUUUUUGCAACUUCUUGUGGAUCUGUAAUCAUUUCAAAAUAAAAAGUUAAAAACGCA